AGAUCAAGAGCCUAAAAGCAAUGAAUCAGGUUCUAAAUAUGAAAAUAAUAAAAUUUCUAUUUUUGAAAGCAGUGAAAAUGGUGAAAUUUCUAAUUCUGAAGGGCUCAUGAAAAAACUCGCAAAAGAACUUGCAGAAGGACUUAUGAAAGAACUUGUAAAAAGCUACACAGAAAAUU